UGUUCGUUUCCUUCCCCGGCUUAAAUGUGCUUGGGCGACGCAUGGUAUGCGGCACCGGCGUGGAGGCGUCAGGCACGUUCAGUUGCCUCACUGGAAUUCGGAAGUGUCCAACGGUGUCUCGGAUGAGGCGCCGUGCUGGAGGUAACAGGCGGAGGCGGAGGAGACUUGGCGACCGACAUGAGCAAGACAUCGCAAAGGAGUUACAGCUCUUGGAACAACCUCAGGCAUCGGAGGAGAGCCGGGCAGCUCACAACGCCCUGACCUUCGCCCGUUGGGAGGAGAAAACAGGUCCCAAAGCGCCUCACGGCUGUGAAUCUGUGAGCUAUGAGAUGUACAACUCAGAGCAUUACUUGGAGCACUUGAGGAGGCAGGAUGAGGCCAAGCAGUUCAAGCGAGGUGCCGCGCGCUGGCUCUUCCUGUGCAUCAUUGGACUGGGUGCUGGUUUGGUAGCCGUGUUCGUGGACGUUUCCAUCGACAAGGUUUUCGAGAUCAAGAUGCGCAUCAACGACGAGGUGUAUUUGAGUGUGGUGCCAGUAUGGAAGCAGUAUUUGGCCUGGGUUGGCACAGCCAUGGCCCUUGCAAGUGUGGCUGGGAUUCUGGUUUGCUAUGUGGAGGUGCUAGCAGCCGGCAGCGGCAUCCCGGAGAUCAAGUGCUACCUCAAUGGAGUGGACUUCCCCAGCGUUGUGGGCAUCCACACGCUGCUCGCCAAGGCCGUGGGAAUUGUCUUCAGCGUCGGCGCAGGCUUGCCCUGUGGCAAGGAAGGGCCCAUGAUCCACAGCGGUGCGAUCAUCGGUGCGAUGGUUUCCAGCCUGCGCAUCGACGAGACCAUCAAGCCCUUGAUCCGAACACAGGAGGUGCGGGACCUGGUGGCGGCGGGUGCGGCCUCCGGGGUGGCGGCCGCCUUCGGCGCGCCGCUGGGCUCGGUGCUCUUUGCCAUCGAGGAGGGCACCUCCCACAUGAAUCCACGGAUCAUGAUGCGUCUCUUUGUGGCCAGCAGCGUGGCCACGUUGGUCUCCCGGCUCUGGGCGGGGCCCAAGGAGGGCCUGCCUGUUGGCCUGCUGGGCUGGCGGGUGCCUGUGAGCUUCGGGCGCUUUGCCAAUAUGGACUACUACAUUUUGGAGUUUGCCAUCUUUGGCCUCAUGGCCAUCGGAGGUGGACUGCUCGGCGCUCUCUUUAACUGCCUGAACAAGCGCCUGAGCCUUUGGCGGCAGCGACAAGUUGGCCCCAGGGGUCACCGGCGGUUUUUGGAGGUGCUGUUUGUGACCUUUGUCAUUGCAUCCUUCAACUUCUUAGUUCCUGUCCUGGCUACAGACGGCGGUCCAUUGAUGAUUGAGGAGCUUCCGGACACCUUGGCACUCUAUUGGGAUACCGGCACAAAGUCCAUGAAGUCCCUCUUCCAUGGCCAGGAGGACUACGAUCUCAGAUAUCUUUCACUUUUCGCUGUGAUGAACUUCAUCUUUGCUUGCUGGAACUACGGCGUGGGAGUUCCUUCGGGCCUCUUUGUGCCGUCGCUGCUCACGGGCUCUGCCUUCGGCCGCAUCAUCGGGCAGCUGGUGAACACCCACCUCAUUCGCCACCAGAACUUGCCGUUGCAAGCCCACCCUGGCACCUAUGCGCUGAUUGGUGCUUGCGCAAUGCUGGCGGGGACCGCACGGAUUACCAUCUCGUUGGCAAUGAUCCUCAUGGAGACCUGUGGGGAAGCGGAGUUUGGCCUACCCAUUUUUCUGGCGGUGAUGGUUGCGAAGUGGACCGGGGACUACUUCAACAGGGGCAUCUAUGACUUGCACAUCGUGGAGAUCAAGCGUGUGCCUUUUCUGGAGCCGCAGCCGGAGAGGGACAUGAUCAGACUACAGGUUCGCGAUGUCAUGGCUCGGCCUGUGGUGACUCUGGAAUUGGUGUGCAAGAUCUCCCGCCUGGUUGAGGUUCUCGCACAUACCAGUCACCACGCAUAUCCUGUGCUGUAUCCUGGGACACACCGCAUGGCUGGCAUGCUGUCCCAGAUCAUGCUGAGAAGGAUCCUGGAGCUGGGCGCAGACCAGGGCGCCUUCUACGGUGCCAGGGACGCGGCGCCUGAGAAGGUUAUCGCCUGGGCGGAGAUGACUUCAGUACAUCCAUUUCGGUGCAAAACACCUCUGCAGUAUGAGAAGCUGUUAUCAGGGCACAUGGACGAGUACGUGCGCUUAGGGCCUUACAUCAACCGCAACAGCCUCUUCGUGCUCAAGUACACCUCGGUGUACGCGUGCUACCAGAUCUUCCGGCAGCUGGGUUUGCGGCACCUGCCCGUGCUGGGCAUGGAUGGCCGGCUGGUGGGCAUCGUUACCCGCAAGGACCUCAUCCUGGCAGAAGUGGAGGAUGAUGACAGCGACCGCGAAGAGGUUGAGGAAGAGGCCGGGCCUGCGGGCGGACAACAUACUUGCGCCUGCUUGGCCUUGGCUCAACAGGCUGCCUACGGCACUUACAGUGCCUGGUGCCCGCGAGAAGAUUCACUGGAUAGCGAAGAGGAAGUAGGUAGCCAGAUCUCCACGCACUCAACGCAGUCGCUACAGCUGACCAGUGAACGCACUCUGGAGGAUGCCGUUGGUGGCAUGGGUGGAGCUGGUGGAAUGUGAAGCUAUUUGUUGGUUGCUAGCUGUUUUUUAUAGGUGGCAGAUCUGCUUCGCGGUUCCGCGCAAGUGGGGAGAGACGUCAACAUGGCCUGCAACACUGGACCAUUUGGGUUGCCACACGCCCAAUAUUUGAGACCAUGUCAUUGACAUGCUGGGUGUGUCAAAGUCUCAGCCGUGGUUGAAAGCAUGGCCCCGGCUGGAAGAUUGGCUGCGCAAUAUGUCUACGUCAUAGGCUCCUAGAGAAGAGGAUGCAAGCUAUGUCAAUGACUUAUCAAGUAUUUGCUUAUGAACGAUGCGUCCCAGAGCCUUGUGCACAGAGGA